AUGAGGUAUCUAUCAAAAUCAAUCUUACUUCUCAAGAUCUCAUGUAUCUUAGCUGGACCUACAUCCACUCAACUUACAACCCUAAACCAAGAACCUAGUAAAGAUAAUACGAUUCGAGAUGACAGUCGAGGAGGUAUAAGCAGUACAUUUGAUGUCGCACUCCAUAAUCCUACCUUGGCGAUAUCCACCAUCGGAGCUCAAAUCGAAAUCAAUUGUCCAGCAGCUACUCUAUGGAAUCAACAAUACACCUUAAACUCAACCGAGACACCAGAUCCAGAUGAAGUAGAAGAGAAAUGGAUCGUUUCUUACUUACAAUCACAUCCAGAUCAAACCCUUUGGGAAUUGUUUACUCAUACACUUUAUAAUGAUAUUCAUAAAUGGGCAACCGGUGAAGAUCCUAUCGAAUCUGGUGCAGAUGCUGUCGUUCAUUUCGUUUCGGAUGUCGUUCAAAAUUUUAUUUUAAUGAUUUGGGCGGCAUUUAAAUGGGUGGUUAAGUUUCCUUUUCAACCAAAAACUGAAUGGAAACAGGUCAAAGGGUUUGCCAAUGAGCUUUGGGAUGGUUCUAAACUUGCUGGAGGUCUCUUUAUGGAUAACGCCAUCAAUGGUCUCAAGACGAUCGUAGGAGGUCUUAUGUUACAUUUACUUUUACAUCCAGCAGAGUUCACAGCCGAAAGUAUUUUACUGGUGGGUGCUGGGUUUCAAGUGAUUCAUGGUUUGAUACAUGGAAUGCAAGCAAUUGCUGGAAGUCUUCCACCCAUCGUUGGAAACUCAGUUAUGAGUGUCUUAAUCUUCAUUCACAUCUUGGACGAUCCACUCUUAAUCUUAACACCAAUCUUAACCAACACAGCACAAUCAGUUCAAGCCAUCGGUCAUGCAGGUGUGACGAUAGAAGAACCUGAAGAUAAUGGAGGAUUUACUUCGAAUGAUGGAUCAAGUUCAUUAACUUUACCAUCAGAUUAUCGAAUCCCAGUUUCAAACACAUGUCAAUUACUUUCACCUGAUUUAGCUGCACCACCAUUAACGUAUGAAGAAUUAUGUUUAACUAAAGAUCCGAAAAAUCUUAGAAAAAUCGUCUUUGGCACUACCAAAUCAUCAGUUGAAAUGAAUCGUAUCGAAAGAUUAGAAGCUUAUAAACAUGUUCGAAAGUUUUGGUGUUGUUAUGGUAAAGGAUCUAAAGUGGAAUUACCAUUAGGAGUAUUAGAUGAUCUACCUGGUCGGGAGAUUUGGGAAGGUAAAUCUUAUUGGAAUUCGAUUGAUGAUUGUGAUUCGAUUUAUAAUUCGACUAGUUCUUUACCUGUACCUGAUAGACUUACACUUGGUCUUUAA